AUGCGCUGCCUCGUGCGCGCACAGCAACGCGCAAGACAUUCGCCAUGUCGCCUGGUUCAGCAGCGUCAGCUCUGCAACACACCUCAUCGCCAGACAGACGGUGUGUUUCGGGCAUUGACGGAGCAAAGGAUGCAGGUGCCCUGGAUUGAGGCAUUUCGCAAGCAGCAGCACGAAACGGCCAACAAGAGCCAACGCGAGCCUCCCGCCCCGGCGCAACCUGAUCUGACGCCAAAGAAAAUGUCAGACAGCUACCAUAGCGUCAUCCUUCCUCUCGCCCAAGAGCCGUCUCUGCUCGACACAUACCUCAACGCCACCGGCCACAUCCGUCUCGGCACCAUCUUCAUGGACCUGGACGCCCUGUCCGGCGUCAUUGCCUACAAGCACACCGGCGAAGGCGUCAGCACCGUCACCGCCGCCUUUGACCGCAUCACCAUCAACCACCCCCUCACAGAGAUCUGCGACCUCGAGCUCAGCGGCCAGGUCACCUAUGCCGCAGGCGGCUCCAGCAUGGAAAUCAGCCUCCAGGUCGCCAAGGCCCCCAAGGACGGGCAAGAGGUCAAGCAGGAACACGUCAUGAUCACCUGCCAGUGCACCAUGGUGGCCACGGACCCAGCCACCAAGAGGCCCGUCAAGAUCGCACCAGUCCGCACCGACACAGAAGAGGAGAAGCGCAUCUUUGCGCGCGGCGAGAGGAACAGCAAGAUCCGCAAGCAGCGCUCGCAGCAGUCUCUGUUGAAGACGGCGCCCAACGACGAGGAGAGCGACCUCAUCCACGCCAUGUGGCAGCGGCAGCUGCGGUACCAUGAUCCCAACGACGCGCUGCGCAAGCCCGACAACGUCUUCUUCAUGGACACGACGAGGCUCAACACGGCGGCCAUCAUGCAGCCCCAGUAUAGAAAUCGCCACCAGUUCAUGAUCUUUGGCGGGUUCCUCCUCAAGCAGACGUUUGAGCUGGCGUUUUGCUGCGCCGCCAGUUUCACCCACACGAGACCCAGGUUUGUGUCGCUUGACCCGUCGACGUUUCAGAAUCCCGUGCCCGUCGGUAGUGUGCUGUAUCUGACGGCUACGGUGGUGUAUACGGAUCCGCCGCUGGUUAGCCACGGCGCCGACGAUGCAGGGCCCGGCGAGGCGCCGCGUCAGACGCGUGUUCAAGUCCGCGUGGACAGUAAAGUGAGAAAUGUCGAGCAUGGAGAGACUAAACCUACUGGGCAGUUCAACUAUACGUUUCUCGUUGAUACCGACGUCAAGGUUAUGCCGAGGACGUAUUCCGAGUUUAUGAUGUACGUGGACGCACGGAGGCGAGCGUCCAGGGUGAAAGAGGCCGUUGCGAGUGGCACAUCGGAGGAUGGCAAGAGCGAAGGCAUCAUGGAGUAG